AUGGCAUCUAUACAGAGCCUGUCGGGGCUGGGAUCUGCGUCGCAUAGCUCGAGUAACAAGAUAGGCAAGUCGAGAGCUAAAACAGCGGUGAAGCCAAUCCUUAAAAAGCUAUCAGCCCAGGUAGAAAAGACUUCGCUAGACUUGGAUAGAGGAUGGCUGGAUCAAGAGGGGCAAUAUCGAAACAGCGACAGCUGGGGAGGAGGAGCGGGGGGCUCGUAUGAACAGCAGUUGGGGAAGGAUACUAGCAUCACAUUCAACGAAGCAGUCGGAACCCGUCGGUACCACCAUUCCAGAUCGAUAAGCGGCGCAAGUCACAUAUCUGUCGCAACUACGAGCAGUUCUGGUCCGCGUCAUCAUGUUGGAGCACCGUUUGUGCAUCCUUUCCAGCAGACACCUCGAACUUCGACCCCGCCAUUGUCAUAUGCUAAUUCGCAAACGUCCUUCUUCGACAUCACAGAGGAUGAUGGCAAUGACAAUGACAAUGACCCGGAUAACAGUAGCAGCAGUCACAGGAAUAGCCUCCAAAUUCAUCCCGUCAACGCCAAUCCCCAUUCCCACUCGCAGCCAAGUCUUAGCAUUAGGCGACCGGCUCUAGCAACCACCCAGCGCACCACGUCCUAUUCCGAAGUGAAAAAUGCGCAUUCCUCCUCUCCCAAUCCUUCUCACCAUCCGCCGUCCCUUAGAAUAAAUACUUCCCGUGCCACAUCAGCUGCCCCAACACAGUCCUCGCGUCUAGCUCACGUCGAGAGCCGAUCCGAUCUUCAACUUGAGUGCAUGUUAGAGACACCCAACUCACUAACCAAUGCUCCGUCGAACCAUAUCUCGUCGCCAGCUAGCUCUACGGCCCCGAUGUCUCCGCUUCGCUCUUCAUUCGACGCGACCGGGUUCCCGCGCCUGCGCGCCAAGUCCGACUUGGAUACCGCAACCCGAGCCGAACAUCUCCGGGAAGCUCGGCGAAAAUUUGAGCUAAGGGAAAAAGCGAAGGAAGAGAAAUACGCGCGAGAAGAGAUCAAACGUCGGGAACGUGCCGAUAACAAGCGUGCCCAAGAACAAGAAAAGCAUGCUGCGGCGCUAUACAAGGAGCAAAUGCAAGUCAGAGCCCGCCAAGAGGCGAUCGAGCUCGAGGAAGCAAUCUCUCGGGGAAAACAGAAUAGGAAAGCCAGCGCUACAAGCAGUGGUCGUCCUAGCUUAGCCAUCUCCCGGACUAGCAUGUCCCGACCGGGCACGUCGCGCAAGAAUGCCCCUAGCCCCUUAGCGGAGGCGGACAGGUUUGCCAGUAGCAACUACGACUCUUUAGAUGCGAAAAACCCUCCAUCAUUCGGUAACGAGGCUGGAGGGGUUCAUGACGUCGUUUUUCAGCCGUCUAAACGAAGGAAUACAGCCAGGAAAAAGACUCAGAGUACUUGGACCAUGUUUAUCUUGUGGCUAAGGACGAAAUUACUCCGAGCCGUGCAUUUCCCUUGCAAAUUGGGUUUGCCUAUGAAUAUAUAUAUACCAACAAUACACAUAUCACUACACAGCAUUGUCAGGAAGACACAACACUUGAACGAGCCAACAUUGUGGCAGAAACGAACUACGCUCAUCAAUCAUGACAUCAGCAACAAGGACAUAGCAUAUGAUAUCCGUUGCAUUCGCGACUUUCACUUUCAGCAUUGUUAAACCAGGCGUUUUUGGAACAGGAGUUAUAUCAAAUCGGUUGCUUUUUUUGGAAAAGCCGUUCCGCGUUCACCGUACCUGGUUGAGGUAGGAAUUCAGGAAAUAGGAGGAUGGCUUCGUUUUUAUCGGAGUUGGAUUACAGGUUGCGAUAUAGCCAACAAGAUCAGGCUGGGGCAAUUGGUGUUAACAUUCGUUUUCUCUUCGCUUCCGCACUUCCGAAGACCACUCAAGUUCUCUGGGCAGAUGGGAUUGUUCUUGUCCUUUUUCUAAGGUACGGCCAAAUCUUGCUAGUGUGAAACUAUUUCAUUGGCAAGUUGGGAGAGGUCACAGAAGCUCGUCUUGUUCAUGCG